AUGCCGUGUAUGUACUUAUCAGGGAUAGAUAGUGAUUCUAUCACAUACGAUGACCCUGAGAAUCGAUGCAUUAGAGUAAAUCUUGAUCUAUUUAUUAGAGUUCUCAAUAACAAUGAACUAAACACAAGAGCCUUCUUGGAUACUCACUUGCUUAAGAUCCAGGGUAAUGAAGAUGGGCAAGAACAUCGUACAGAGAAACUAGUGUCUAAGGGUAAUUCAUCUGUGGGCCUAGGAAAUAUGCCUUCUAUACCUAUUCUUGUGUAUACUAGCCAGGCAUUGAUUACAGCUGAAUUUAGGAAGAUGAGUAGUGAUGAUUUCAAGGAUAGGUAUCUUGCCCCUCUUGAUAGUGCUCUUAAAGAAUCGAAUAUUUGCCGUCGACCUUUAGCACAAGAAUAUGCUUACCCACUGGGAGAUGCAAUACAUGUGGAACGAGUUAUCCAGCGGUACUUUAAUGAAAUAGCAAUCCCGAUCGGGGGACUUUUUCAAGACCUUGGCGAUAAAAAAAAUAUUUUUGAGUAUGCAUCGUUUGUAAGACCACCAUUAGAUCAAAAAAGAACGGUCCAACCUGAUAUGAUUCACAUGUUAACUAAGCCGGAUUUAAAUACCCAAUAUCCGGAAAUUGUUUUUGGGAUAGGUGAUUACAAAACGGGAGUUUAUAAAAUGACGCAAGGCUUUGAGGAAUUCAAAACAGCUAUUCUGAAUCGAAGAAGAUUGAGGCUGAAUUCAAUUGGAACUUCUUUCCAGAUAGGGAGUGGUCGCCUAAAGUAUUAUUUGCCUUGGUUCAAAGCAAAUGUAUCUACGAAGCUUUUCUCAGUGGAACCGACAGGAUUCUUAUUUCAGACCACCAAACAUUCUCAGGAUUCUUCAAGUAUGAAAUAG